AUGCCCGCCUUCUCGUCCAUCCUCGGGUCCACCGACAGCAUCCAGCGUCGCUUCGACCAAUUCGCGCGUACCGCCGUCACCUACUACGUCCUCCGCUACGUCUUUCUCGAUGGUUUCCGACACGUCCGUGCGCGAGGUCUGAUUGGCUCCGCCAACGAAGUCGCCGACAGCGUGAAAUCUAUCGUCGUCAAGAUCAUGCUCGCCCUCCCCAAGAACAAGGCCAAGCUCAACUCUGAGCUGGGACGUACCCGACUGGAGCUCAAGGAGAAGCUCGCGCCUACCGAGUACCCCGAGGGCAUCAGCCUUACGCCUGUGAGGACUCUGCCUGACCAAGGAAGGGGCAAGGAGUGGCUGGACAGCGAGUUUAGCAACAUGAAGAAGCUGGAGCGGGGUGAUGUGGACGAGGGUCGUGUGAGCGGUGCUGUGUAUCAUGGUGGCGACGAUCUCAAUGAGAUUAUCAACCAAGCAAUGGCCAAGUUUGUGGUCACCAACCCUCUCCACCCUGAUGUAUUCCCCGGUCUGCGAAAGAUGGAGAGUGAGAUUGUCAGCAUGGUCUUGAAUCUGUUCAACGGUCCCGACGGCGCUGGUACUACUACUUCUGGCGGUACCGAGUCCAUCCUCAUGUCGGUCAAGACGCACCGCGACUGGGCCCGAGACGUCAAGGGUAUCACUCGUCCCGAAAUGGUCGUCCCUGCGUCGGCGCAUGCGGCGUUCUGGAAAGCUAGCGAGUAUUUCAAGAUCAAGCUCCAUGUCAUCCCUGUCGACCCCCAGACCAGGCGAGCGAACGUCAAGGCUAUCAGGCGUGCCAUCAACCCCAACACUAUCAUGAUUGUCGGCUCUGCCCCCAACUUUCCCGACGGCGCUAUCGACCCCAUCGAGGAACUGGGCAAGCUCGCGCUCCGCAAGAAUGUCGGUCUUCACGUCGAUUGCUGCUUGGGUUCAUUCAUCAUGCCGUUCAUGGAGAAGGCGGGCUUUGGCGGGGACCUGCCAUUGUUUGAUUUCAGGGUGCCGGGUGUGACUGCUAUCAGUUGUGAUGUGCACAAGUAUGCGUUCUGUCCCAAGGGUACCUCGGUCAUCAUGUACCGAUCUGCUGAUCUGAGGAGGUACCAGUACUAUGUCUUUACCGACUGGCUUGGUGGUGUCUAUGCCAGCCCUUCCAUGGCUGGUUCUCGUCCCGGCUCGGUCCUGGCCGGUGCUUGGGCUGUCUUGAACUAUGUCGGAUCCGACGGCUACACCCAAUCAUGCCACCAAAUCAUCACCGCCGCGCGUCAAUUCAAGACUGCCAUCCAAACCACGCUCGGGGACGACCUCUACGUGCUCGGCGACCCGCUGGGCUCUGUCGUCGCGUUCAACAGUAAGGAGCUGAAUAUCUAUGCUAUUGGGGAUGCGAUGAGUAAGAAGGGGUGGCAUUUGAGUGCGUUGGGAGGGGAGGGUGGGUUGCAUAUGGCUUUCACUCGUCUGACUGCCAAGAGCGUCGACACCCUCAUCAAGCAACUCCACGAGACCAUCGAACAGGUCAAGACUGCGCCCAAGGGGAAGGACGGGGAUAUGGUGGCGCUGUAUGGUCUGGGGCAGACGAGUGCGGGGCCGCAUGUUGUUGGCAAGUUGGCAGAGUCGUUUUUGGAUACUUUGUACUUGUAG